AUGCGAAAGAGUGGCAUACUUCAUCUUGCUGCCCUCGUGGGGGUCUCAGCUGCGACAUCUAUACCGGCUGUGCGCGGUCAGAAUGAAAAAAUUGUCACCCCGGAAGAGGUGGAUCUGAUGGACCUCUAUGCUUCAUACACCGCUUCCGCACCGUGCAAUAACGGAACCGCCAUUGAUGACCCCGUAACCUGUUUCAAAAACUGUGAGAGAGUGCAAGAAGACAAAGCGAUUGUAGUCGGAUCCUACCUAGGGGAGCAGACCGAGUUUGCGGCGUACAUCGCCUUGGUUGAAAGCCGAAAACAGAUCAUUUGGGUUGGUAGAGGCACUGCUACUCCCAAGAACGAGGAAACGAACCUCCAGACACGGCUGAUCCCAAGCGACCUUGUGGAGGGGGGUAAGAUCCAUACCGGCUUUAGCACUGCUUGGAAUGAGAUAUCCCACGAUGUCUUCGCUACUCUCAAAGAACAAGUAUCCAUGCACCCAGACUACGAUAUUGUCAUCACCGGCGGUUCGCUGGGCGGUGCUAUCGCCACAAUAGCUGCUGCACACAUUCGCGCCGCUGGAUACCAAGCUGAUCUUUACACAUACGGCUCCCCUCGGAUCGGCAAUGAUGUCCUCGUCGACUUCAUCACUCAACAGCCUGGCAAGUUGUAUCGGGUGACGCACAGGCACGAUUUGGUUCCACGCGUGCCAUCGCCCAGUAUUCCCAUCCCGGAUUGGCCAGAAUAUAGACAUGUCUCCCCUGAGUAUUGGCUUCAGGGCGAGCCUGCUGAUCCAAACCAUUGGCCGAUCGAAGACAUCAAGAUUUGUGAAGGGAACUUGAAUCGCGAAUGCAUCGCCAAUCCUUCGAAUCCCGUGGAUUGGAACAUUUGGGAGCCUGAGAAUGACCACCAGAACUACUUCGGUUCCUUGAUAUGCUGGAACAAUGAAACGGCGCCAGUUGAUAUCGAUUCUCUAAAGCAUAAUAUUGAGACCUUGCGACUUAAUGCGGGCGAGAAUGUAUCACGAUAA